CAGAAUGCAUCGGGGCUGCUAGUGCGGUUAGCCUACGCUUACCUGUGAGCAUACGGUUCUAACAGACAUACGGCUUCUGGGUUUCUACGCUUUAUAUCAGACUGUCUUCAGCGAUAUGCCUCCGAAAAAGCCUGCUCCAGCUGCAGCCAAUAAGAAAACCCAGGAGAAGAAGAAAGAGAAGAUCAUCGAGGAUAAAACUUUUGGUUUGAAAAAUAAGAAGGGAGCAAAACAACAGAAGUUCAUCAAAGCUGUGACACAGCAAGUCAAGUUUGGACAGCAGAAUGCACGACAGAUUGCUGCUGCUGAAUCUGAAAAGACCAAAAAGAAGGAUGACAAGAAGAAGGAGCUGUCUGAGUUGAAUGAGCUGUUUAAGCCAGUGGUGGCAGCUCAGAAAGUCAGCAAAGGCGUGGAUCCCAAAUCUGUGCUUUGUGCUUUCUUUAAGCAAGGCCAGUGCACCAAAGGCGAUAAGUGUAAAUUUUCUCAUGACCUGUCCUUGGAGAGGAAAUGCGAAAAAAGAAGCUUGUAUGUGGACGGUAGAGAUGAUGAGCUGCUGGAGAAGGACACAAUGGAAAACUGGGAUGAAAAGAAACUUGAGGAGGUAGUGAACAAGAAGCAUGGGGAAGCUGAAAAGAAGAAGGCAAAGACACAAAUUGUUUGCAAGUAUUUCCUUGAUGCCAUUGAAAACAACAAAUAUGGCUGGUUUUGGGUUUGUCCUGGUGGAGGAGACAACUGUAUGUACCGGCAUGCUCUUCCUGUGGGCUUCGUUCUGAAGAAGGACAAGAAGAACGAGGAGAAGAACGAAGAGGAGAUCUCGCUAGAGGAUUUGAUCGAGACUGAGAGGUCUCUUCUGGGAGCAAACGUCACUCGAAUUACACUUGAAACAUUCUUGGCCUGGAAGAAAAGGAAAAGGCAAGAGAAACUGGCUAAAGCAGAACAGGACAUGGAGAGAAAGAAAGCAGACUUUAAAGCUGGCCGAGCACUUGGGGUCAGCGGAAGGGAAGUGUUUGAGUUCAGACCUGAGCUUGUUGAUGACGACGAUGAGGAGGCUGAUGAUACUAAAUAUGCCGAAGAGGACUAUAAUUAUGAAAUGUCCAACCAGGUGGAGGACACAGAGGAGGUGCAGGACAUUGACAUCGCUAGAUUUAUUCCUAAAGAGGUGGAUAAUGCGGGUAUAACAGUGGCAUCAGCGGACCGGUUUACAGCCAAAGCUCCACCCACAAACGACAUAGAUGACAAUAAAUUGAGCGAGGCCUCAGGUGGAGCCAUGGAGAACGGAGAGCACAGUGAGGAUCAGACGCUGGAGGAUGGCGAAACUAAUGAAGAAGAGUCCGAGGCAGUGCCAGUAGAUGAAAACUUGUUCACCGGCGAGGACCUGGACGAACUGGAGGAGGAACUCAACACACUGGACCUGGACGAGUGAACACUGGGACUGAUUCAUUAUACAUGAACUACACAUGGCUUGAAGGGAAUGACUAUUUUCACAAAUAACUACUACCAGAACCGCCAUGUCAGAAACUGCUCUGCCUGCAAUACGCACUCUCAUCACUCGAGAUGUCCCGGGACGCUACAGGAGAGACCGAAGUCCAUCAUUUUGCGCGCUCUCUCUCUCUCUCUCAGAUUUAAUUUGGUUUUGGCUCUUUUUUUUUAUCAUUAUUAUAACAGUCUACCCCAAAAGAAGCACAGUCAAGUGAGGGUCUGGUUCUACAGCAGGAACAUAAUCCAAAUAUUUAUGAGGCUGUUGAUUUGAUAUUUCAGCAUUCUCUUUUUGAAAGAUUUGAUUAAGUGAUCAUCUUUGUAAGGUCAUGCGUAUGAAAUGAUUCAAAUGUCUUCUUUAAGCACUAUUGCCAUCUGGUUUCUCGCCUUCUCUGCUAAUGAAGUGUUGCCAAGGGUCAGGUGAUCAUUUCAGUCUUUAAACAUGUAACCAACUGCAUGCCUGUAUCAGGAUCAGAAUGUAAACGGUGAAACGGUAAAUUGUUCAAUAAUCGGUUGAUCAGAUUGAGGUGUUGAAUGUGAAAUCUCCUGGAUGCGGAUGUGGCCUUACGGAAGGAGAUGCGGACAUCAUUACUAGUCAGAAUUCGUGUUUGAAAGGAGUUUUAGAAGUGAGAGGAUUGUUGGAUGAGCUAGUAAUGUGUCUGUCAUUUUGAAUUCAUUUGUUUUAAAAUGCCCCACCACAAUACACCACAAGAAAUUGUAAAUAAAAGGAUAUCAGAUAACUGA